ACACUGCCAAAGUCUCUUCAACACACACAGAACUCGUAUGUAUGCCCCCCUCUUUCUCUCUCUCUCGCUCUGUUUCUCUUUUCUUGCUUCUCUCUCUGUAUCUCUCCCUCUCUCUAUCUUAUACAUACAUAGAAAUUAUUAGAUCAAAUCCAAAACCCUCCAGCAAAGUCUCAUCUUUUUACCACCCACAUCAUUAAUUCAUCAUUUGCAUUCCAUUUAUACACACGCACACAGUUAUACACGCACACAUACAUACAUAUAUAUAGAUUAUAAGGAUGAGUAAUGGAGGGGGAGGCAAGGUUUCGAUUCCAAGUAACAUGAAGAAGACGAUCCAGAAUAUAAAGGAGAUCACGGGUAGCCAUGAUGAUGAGGAGAUAUAUACAAUGCUUAAAGAAUGUAACAUGGAUCCUAAUGAGACUACUCACAAGCUUCUUUUUCAGGAUACAUUUCAUGAAGUCAGAAGAAAGCGUGAUCGAAAGAAAGAGGCAGGGAAUGUGAACAAGGAGUCAUCAGAAUCAAGGUGGAAACCUGGGAUGCAGGGGCGUGGCACUAGGGGAGGUCGGGGGAACUAUUCAUCUCGUUAUACAUCUCAUGAUGCUGGUGGUACCCGAACUUCUGCCUCAGUAAAGGAAAAUGGUCCGAGUCGAAUUCUAGAGAAGAGUGUUGGCAUCUCAACCCCUCCUGCUUCCAAGGAUAUGAAGCAUAAAGUAACAUCUGUUGCCAGCUCUGCAACUGUCACGACUGAUGGUUCUUCUGGUAUAGCUUUUGAAAGUGCUGGAGUCACACAAGCUGGCAGUCGGUUCACAGGAGGUGAGAAUAACCAAUCUGUAACUUCAGCUGACAUUGCUAAGGUGGAGGGCCAACAACCACCUAUUCUUUUGGCUGAGACCCAGAAAAUCACUACAAAUGGUUUUGUAACUGUGGAAGCACCUAGUCUUGUUUUGCAAAGUUCUAGCAAUAUUCCCACUUCUGGAACAUCUGUAUCUUCUACAGGAGCCUACUUCUCUGCUUCAGAUCCUGUUUUAGUGUCAUCUCAGGAUUCGCGACUCCUAAGCGCUGUCGGUACAAUUAAACGUGAGAUCAUUCCCGAACAGACUUUCACAGCCCCUGUUGAGAGCAAAUCAAUUACAGCUUUCUCCAACGUUGACAGUUCUUUGGAAGAAAAAACAGGCAGUACACCUCAAAUGAUCAAUAAGAAUGAAUUGUGUGAAUCCUUACAAGCCACAGCUGCUAGUCACAUCGUCCCCUCAUCAAAUUACAGUAGUAGGACAGCACAAGUUAUAGGCCCUCAGAAAGGGGUACCUGCCAAGGAGUGGAAACCAAAGCCCACAAACUUUAACCUUGGUCAAGUGUCUGGCACAGUGGUUUCAGCUGAUCCUCCUGCUGUCCCAGUUGAAACUACUAAGCCACGACCUGCAACGGUUCAUGAUUCAAAAGAAACAUAUUCUAUUCUUGGAAAACAGCUAGAGCAGUCACGCAUUUCUGGCAGUCAACAUGUUAUUAUUCCAAAUCAUAUUCAUGUACCAGAAGCUGAUAAACUAGGGUUUUGCUUUGGAAGUUUUGAUGCAAAUUUUAAAGUGGUUACACACAAUUCCACUGCUUCUGAAAAAAACAAAAGUCCAAUUCCUGAAACUUCUGAGAAGACUGAAGAAAGAGCUAAAGAGCAAAUAAGCAGCCAAAGUGCCAUGGAGACAGUCGAAGAAGAAGAGGAUUCUAAGCAUUCUGCAUCUUCACAUGUACCUAACAAUUUGACUACUGAUUCUGAUGUCUCAUCCACUGUGGUAGUCCCAGAGAGCUCUGAAUCCAAGCAACUGACUGACUUGCCAUCAGGAGGUAAUCAAUAUUCUGUGGUGAAUACCUCACCUACCUACAGUUUUGGUAUCUUGCCGACAAUGGUAGCUAGCCAGGCCGCACCAAUUGAAAGUACAGAUUCUCAAGCUCGUGAUGCUUCUCGCCUUCCUGGCUUUGUUGUACAGCAACCUUAUGACCCAAACAGCUACUAUGCUCAAUUUUAUCGAACUGGCACAGAUAGUGAUACUCGUGUUUCACCAUUUCAGUCACCUGGAUUUACUGCGAAAUACACAGGGAAUGUUGCAAUGUUGUCGCCACAAGCUUCUCAGUCGGCUCAAGAGAUUGGCAACUCUUUAAUAUUGUCUACUGCUGGUCCAACUACACUUGUGACACAAGCUGCUGGGGUUAUGCAGAGUUCCAUUGCUGUUACACAGCAACCACUUCCCGUUUUUAGACAGCCAGCAGGGGUGCAUCUACCUCAUUAUCCUACAAACUAUAUUCCCUACGGUCAUUACUACUCCCCGUUCUAUGUACCUCCUCCCGGCAUUCACCAGUUUUUAAGCAAUGGUGCAUUUCCACCACAGCCUCAGCCUGGUAGUUUAUAUCCAGCUCCACCAGUGGCAACUACCAAAUAUCCACUCUCCCAAUACAAGUCGGGUAACAAUACUGGUAAUUCAACUCAAAUGGGAGUGCCUGGAAGUUAUGUACCAUAUGGCUCCUCCCCUUCUGGAUUUAAUACUACUAGUUCAGCAACAACAGGAAACUCAGCUUCAAAUGAUGACCUUGGUUCAUCCCACUUCAAGGAAACUAAUGUGUACAUUACUGGGCAGCAGAGUGAAGGCUCAGGUGUGUGGUUUGCUCCUGGUAGAGAGAUCUCUGGAAUGCAGGCUAGUUCCUUCUACAACCUUCCUCAGGCUCAGAUGGGGUAUACCGCAGCUCAAGCUGGCCGUGGCAGCUUUGCUAGCAUAUAUCACCCUGCACAACCAGUUACCGCAGCUGCUGUACAUCCACUUCUACAGCCGCCUCAGACCAUGGCUGGAGCUGUUGACAUGGCUGGACCAACAGCAAGCGUUUAUCAGCCGUCACAACCUGCAACUGUCAACUGGCCCAACAAUUACUAGAAAGUAGGUCUUUUUUUGGCAAACAGGCAAUAUAAGAUGUGGAAAUCAGACGAAUGGAUUUUGUGUCAUCUGCUGCAGGUUUGGAUGAAGAAAUUUGAAGGUGCACCAUUGGUUGAAGCUGAGUGUAAUUUUAUAGGAGGCUGAUUUUUGUCUUGUAUUUUGAUUGAUUCACUUGAGGAUAUAGAUGGCGUCAUCCUCUUGUUACAGACAUCAAACAUUCCAAGAGUUACUAGGGCAGGAAUGUGCGUGCAGGUCUUCCCUUCUUUUGCAGCUGAUAUAUAUAGCCUCUACAACCUUUUAUCUCCCUAACGAUCACAAGACCUUACGUUUUUACUUGGAAACACAGCCGAGUUUGAAGUCUUUGCACAUGUUUUUCUUCUAAACAUCUGUUUUAUGGUUUUGUGAGACUAGUCAUUAGAUUUUUAGAAGGUUUAUAGUGUCUCCUUUACUUUUCUUCUUUUUUUUAUCACUUUUUCCUCGGCAUUACAUUGUAAAGUGAUUUUUGAUAGCAGGAAAGGUUGUAUGAAAUUGUUGUAAUUGGUGUAGGUAUAAUAAGCAAAAGCAGCACAUAAUUCUUUUCGGUUGCUAAACUAUCAGCAUCAACAAUGGAAAACCUGCGGAGCUUUUGGUAGAUAAAGAAUAGUUUAUUAUUCUUGUUUA